CGCAGUAGUUGAUAUAUUUGACGUCAGCCGAUACAUCGAUAGCAUGUCGCAUCGAUACGCGCUGUGAACAUUCCCUGCACUUGCGCUUCAAUUGGCCUUUGUGGAAUUUUGAAUUUGAUUUUGUUUUUACGCGUUUUGUUUGUUAUAUUUGUGUUGCUGUUUUUCGUUUUGUACGUUUUGUUUGUUUUUAGUGUUAGGCAAAAGCAACAGCUGAUGGCUCUGCAUAUAUCGGUGAAAGGACACUUUGGCAGCAGCGACAGGCGUCCCGUCAGCGUACUCGACGAUCCAGUUCGUGUCCGAAAAGAUCUUGAAAACGAGCGUCGCAUAACUCGUUUAAAGCAGGUGCGUGAAAAGUCCAGCGACUUGGCACGAAAAAUACGCCAGGAUGUUGCAGCAGAAAAGAAGCGCGAAAUCGAACGUUUGCAGCGAACCAAGCAGGACGAGCUGAAUGUAUGGCGUGAGCAUGUUUUGGCCAAAAAAAACCAAGACUACCGUACGGCCGUAUUUGAAGUGGGCACCGCCCAUCGUGCGGCCAAAGCGGAAACGGAACGCAACGCAAAGCGGCAGCAGGAGAAAAAUGAUAAAAUAAAUAAAUGCAGACAGCGCGCAAUGAAAAGAAACGCAGGCAGAACACAAGUGAAGCUGAAGACAACUGCUGGUGUGAAAUUCAAUGCAGAAGGACGCGCCACAACGGGCACACAGACUCCAAUGCCAGAGGCCAAGGCACAGCCCACGCCCGAGGAGAAGGCCAGAGACAAGGACAAAGACAAGGAGAAUCGUGAAACUGGCGGGGGUACGAACCAUCAUCAAAGCAUUCCAAAACGCAGCUGCUGCCAUGAGCAUCCAGAUUGCUACUGCCUGAGCUCGGACGAUGACGAGGAUUGUGUGGAUUUUGUGUGCGAGAGCAGCGACUCCUCCAUUCUGCACUUGGAGGAUGUUGCGCCCUCUUCCGAGGAGCCAAACAAACUGAAAAAGAAUCCCACAGUCAUACUAGAUGUGAACAUUGACGACGUGGACUGCCGUGUGAUCAACACUAGCACGGGACUGGACAUCAACGACAGACACAUUCAAACCAAUCGCAACUUCAGCCAUGUGGUGCAUCCCACGAGUGCGUCCAGCAUGAGUCCACGGCGGCCACGCUUUACACAAAUCACGGACUUGGUGAAGCGCACGGAGAUAAUUGUGCGGCCCGUGGAGGCUCCUGCACCAGCGCCAGUGCCUGAGGAGCCAACUCCAGUGCCAGCACCGCCAAGCCCCACAAAGUCACUGCCCAGAUCGCCCAAGAAAACAGCAAAGCCGCCUGCUGUGGCUGCUGCACCCAAGCGCACACAGCUAGCGAAGAAAGGCGCAAAGCCGAGCAGCCAACAGCAGGCGACAAGAAGAACAACUGGACUGAAGACAGAUCCACCGCCGGCCAAGGUGAUUGAUGCGGGACUAAAGCGCAAAACGUUGCCAAAAACGAUAGCCAAGCGAACGGCAAGUGCACAAGCGACACAGCAGGCUGCUGCUCAGGGAGGAGCUCCACCUUUAAUGGAACAAAAUGCACAAAUGCAGCAGCCAGCUAUGGUGCAGCCACAGAUGCAACAGCAGCCACAAAUGCAGCCACAGAAUCCGCAGCAGCUAGCUCAAUACCCUCCUCCACAGCAGCAGCAGCCACAGGCAUAUCCUCCACCUUUACAGCAGCAGCAUGCAGCCUAUCGUCCACCCAUGCAACAGCAGCAGCAAGCGGCAUAUCCA